UUUGGACAGUUGCUGACAACACGCUGACCGAUUUGGAUAUACUAGCACUCGUGUCGUGGAUAUACUUCGCGUGAAGUGUCGCUGCCCAAAGUAGUCUCGUACCGCUCAACGGCUACAUACAACUCAGUUUCAAGCGUAGUAAGAGCGGAGCGUUUGAAGCGAACAAUAGUCGUCGCGAAACUCGAAUUUGUUUUUCAUUUUUACUGAUUUCUUUCUCCAUCAGCGCUCCAUCAUAUCCGUCGCCAAACGCCGCAUACCACCCGCCCCUUGCAAUUGAGCUGCUGUCGGUCAUUUAUAUUAAUGUUUUUAUUGUACAUAGUGCUGUGCUGUGUUUUGUUGUUGCAAGCGAGUGCUUUUCUCAUGCCUUCAUACAUUUACAUACAUAUAAAAUACUAAGUUUACAGUAAAAGGCUGUAUUUGCGCUUGUGUAUCGUCGUAUAUUUGGCAAUAUCUACGCAAAGGCAUAUCGAAAAUUUGUGUUCGACUGCAGCGCUACGGAAUUUGAUUAUGCGUUAAAUCGGUUUUGCGAAUUUAAUGAUUUCAUGUUUGUUUUUGUUUUUGUUUUAAUAUUUGCCACUCGUACUGAUUCUGUGUGAAAUCGUUUGGUGCGCCGCCCACACCGCUCACAUAACAUAGACGCCAUUAAUUUACAUAUUCGCAUAUGUGUUUGUGUGUGUGUACGUAUGUAUGUAUGUAUAAACAGCCAGACGUCCAUGAUAAGAAAAAUUGCGCGUAAAAUCAAAAUAUAGUAAUUAAAUAUUGUGAAAACUGAAACUGAAACUGAAGUUAAGUAUGGCUAAAAGCUUGGCGAUUUGAGAAUUUCUACAAAUCAAGAUUUACUUAGAAAAAUGCGCAGCAGAUGCUGAGACUGAAAGUGGAAAAUUUUACAAACGGAUAAGCGUGGAAUUUCCAUAGAAAAGCAUUUUGUGUACAACGCAGAAUACAGAAGGAUGCUUCAAAGGCAACAAAAACAACUUUUACGACGAUUCUAUGGAUAUGGACUUUCUUUCUGAUCCAAUUUUUUCGGAUUUAGAUCGAUCCGAUUUCAUUGGAGGCAUCGACAAUGAGGCAAUCGAUUUUGGUAAUCUGGAACAGUUCAUGCAGGUUGAAGCCGCCGUUGGUCAACUGGAUCCACAAAAUAGUUGCAAUACCAACGCGAACGCGAAUAAUACACGUGAAAAUCCGCUAGGUUGUAGCCCGAAGCUCGAUUCUAACCAACACCAACAACAACACCAACAUCACCCACAUCCUCCACAUCAGCAACAAAUAAAUGCAGCCGAUGGCAAUAUUUCAUUAGUCAGUGUAUCAGCACGUGUUAGUUUGGCAUCCACACCAAUAGCGACACCUAUUCCGAGCGCGGUUAGCCACAAUACACCGCAUAUGCCCGAUAGUCCGCCCGAUUCUGGCUCAGAACCACCCUACAGUCCGCUGCAAGACGUUCACGGGCUGACGCUGACCUCUCGCGACGUCUACAAUGGGCUUUCGGCGAUGCAGUCCGAUAUGCAUUUUCAGUCACAAUUUACACCACCGCACCAAACGCAAACACCACAUCAUCACCAUCAGCAACAACAUACGCAACAUAACAACAGCAACAAUUCAAACAAUUCAAACAUCUCCACUCAACACCACUACAACCACAAUCACUCGCCAACUGUGCCGCCAAACGACGGAACGGGUGGAAUACGUGUGAAACACGAGUCAGGCCUCAUAAUGGAUCCAGCUACACUCACACACACACAUACACAACUUCGACAUGGGAAUCCUAUUACCGCACAUCCGCAUGGCAAUCCUAACGGCGGCCACAGUCAUAUAGAAUUGCCACCACCGCAUCAGCUGAUGUUCUCAAAUCACAACAACAAUCAGCACAAUACAAGCGAUUUGUUGUCGUAUGAGAGCCUGCAAAGUGGAAACUUUCCAUCAGUGAAUUAUCCAAAUGUUACUAUCGUAAAUGGCUUGGAUGCCUUGCCUCCGCACACCACGUCCUGUGCGCUCCCUUCACCGCUGAACGAUGUGCCUCGUGUGCAUUUGGUUGGCACAAGUCAGGCAAUCCCUUCGCAACACAGCCGUUCGUCAUUGCCCACUACGCCUGUGCAUUUGUCUUCGUCCCGCAAACGGAAACUUUCCACCCAACUGGAUUGCCCCGAAUUCUCCAGCAUUAAGCCAGAUCCAGGCUUGCGGAUGAGCCCAACGAACGGCGCUACAGCAGUCGCGGAACCACAGAAGCUCGGUCCGUCGUCACCAGUUACCAUCGCAUUACCCGCACAUGCGGCUGAUAUAACCAGUACGCCCACACACUCAGCUGCCUCGCUAUCUCCCGCGCUGUCAACUAUCAACUCGAAUCAGGACAACAGUCUGGAUGGCAAUAAUACCACUCCAAGUGGCGGUGGUGAGGGUGGUGACAGUAAUGCUCUUACACCAUGCAUUCGUUUCAGCCCGUUCCAGCCACAAAAUUGGCACAAACUUUGCGAUCAAAGCCUGCAAGAGAUCGCGGUUGUUUAUUACCGUGUAGACGCGGAUAAAGGUUUCAAUUUCUCCAUCUCCGACGAUGCGUUUGUUUGCCAGAAAAAAAACCACUUUCAAAUAACUUGCCACGCACGUCUGCAAGGCGAUGCGAAGUUCGUUAAAACACCGUCCGGUCUAGAAAAAAUCAAUUCCUUCCAUUUACACUUCUAUGGUGUGAAAUUAGAAGCGCCAAAUCAGACAAUACGGGUUGAGCAAAGCCAAUCCGAUCGCUCAAAGAAACCAUUCUAUCCUGUGCCCAUCGAUCUCCAGAGCCACAUUGUAAGCAAAGUCACGGUGGGCCGUUUACAUUUCUCUGAAACUACGAACAACAAUAUGCGAAAAAAGGGGCGUCCCAAUCCUGAGCAACGUUACUUCCAACUGGUAGUAGGCCUUCAUGUGCACACAAUUUCUGGCAACUUUCCAAUCAUCAGUCAAGGUAGUGAGCGCAUUAUUGUGCGUGCCUCCAAUCCAGGUCAAUUUGAAUCCGACGUCGAUCUUUGCUGGCAACGUGGGCUCACGCAAGAUUCCAUCUUCCACGCCGGAAGAGUUGGCAUCAACACUGAUCGUCCUGACGAGAGUUUGGUUGUGCAUGGCAAUUUGAAAGUAUCAGGUCACAUAGUGCAGCCCAGUGAUAGUCGUGCUAAGCACGAGAUCGGCGAACUCGAUACUUCAGUGCAGCUACGCAACUUACAAAAAAUACGCAUAGUGCGCUAUCGGUACGCUCCCGAAUUCGCAGUUCACUCAGGUCUGAAACGUUCGUGCGAGAGCGACAGCGAGGAGAUCGUCGAUACCGGCGUUAUUGCACAAGAGGUACGCGAAGUUAUACCAGAUGCGGUACAAGAGGCUGGCAGUAUCGUGCUGCCGAAUGGCAAUGUCAUCGAAAACUUUCUGCUGGUCAAUAAGGAUCGCAUUUUAAUGGAAAAUAUUGGUGCUGUUAAAGAGCUCUGCAAGGUCACUGGGUCACUUGAGACGCGCAUCGAAGAUUUGGAGCGCAACAAUCGACUGAUAAAACAGCACGAAUUUGAGCAGCGAAGCAAAAAGUAUGGGAUCGCAAAAGCCUGUGGCGCGCGUGGCGGCUAUGAAUUAUGCUCGAACAAGUCUUUGCAGAUAGUAAUAUUUUUAUUGGUAAUCGUUAUGGCCGCAUGCCUAGCUGCUGUUUCCACUCUGUACUUCGUGGAGCACAACAAACAACAUUACAACUACAAACAAUUAGACCGGCUCCAAUUUCAUAGCAAUGGCCAUCUUCUCGGCCAUGACUCGGUUCUCAUAAAUGAACAAGAAGGUUACAUCGUCCAAGUGCACAACCUUCUCAGUCGAAAUAAAACUAUUCAGCAUGGCGCAACAUCACGUCCGCCUGGGCAUCGGAAUUUCACGCGUAUACAUCCGGAAAUCAGCUACGACGAAAGCGGUGAUCCAUAUGCACAAAAUGGACGCAAUGAUGAACUGACGGUGGUUAUGGAAAAACCACUUGUCAGCCUUCAGCCACUGCUUCCACGAAAGGAUAUUUAUAAAGUGACGACUACAGCACCACAACUGCGUAUCAACAAGACUAUAAGCAGCAAAAAUAAGUCAAAGUGGCCACAGGCUCAAGUUGUGCCCAAACUAAUUGCGAGCUUCCAAAAUACACGCGGCACCAGCAGCACACAACCAGAUGAUAGCUCGAAUCUUACACCGAACCAUAAGCGUACGGAGCCACUGGGCAAUAAUGAAACCUCUUCGGAGAAGGUUACCGACACAGCGCCAUUAGCACACGAUUUCGAUAACAAUUCUAUCGACAUUGACGCGCAACACGUUACCAAAAAGGCUUUGGCUGCCAGAGAUUCGGCAAUACGACCAGCCAGUUCACAUGAGGAGACGCUAUCGGAGAAUGGCGAAACCAUUGGCGAUUCGAUUGGGUCCAUUGUAAGCACAUCAAGUAGUGACGUGAACGCCAAACACAAUGUUAAUCAUGAUGGUAAUAGCAGAAAUGUCGACAUCAGCAGCAACAACAACGUGCCAGAUACCACUGCCCCUGCCUAUAGCCACCGUUCGCGCAAUGUCUACAAAGCGGUCUCACCACCAUCAGCACUCUUACCGCUCACCACUAACAAGGUAACGAUUGACGGCAUUCCCACAAAUUACUCAUUGGAAGUGCCCGCGAUCUCAAACAAAAGCCAAACGGUGCUGAAAAGUAAAGUGGAUAGUACAGAUCUGUUGGACUUACAGAGUCUAAGCAACAACAACGAGUCGGUAGAUAAUCCCAUAACAGCUUGGUUUGGAUUCGAUUUCGGCUUGGGGCAUGAAUCGGUGCUAGGACGCAGGUCGACUUCUCAGCGUAGCGUCGGUCGCAUAUAUUGUAAACUCGUACAGGUGGAGAUGUUUGGUGUACCACCUCAAUGCACGCAAAAGCCCAACAAUGAUGAGGUAUCCAACUGUCAGUCGUUUUGCUUCGAGGAAUCCAAUCAACUACCGGCACUUCGAGCCAAUUUAGCAGGCAUAGCACGCGCCAAAGAGGACUCAGUUACCGCAGAGAAACAGAUCAGCAACGAAAAUAUACAAGUGUCUGACUCGAGCCCCGACAGCGUCGAUAGUGAUGCGGACUCUGACACACAACCACGUUCUCUGGCUACACCUAUACUGUCGACAAAUGCUACCUUCAUUGGGACGGAUAAAAAAACUCAAGUGGUCGAAGUGUCCAGCGAACAGCGAUCAGACCUUUCGGAUUCGUCAAAAGACACAUCUAGCUCCGACGAGCAUCUCGAUAUUGAUGUUAAGGCAACAGAUGAAAACGUGGGCCCACAAGCAAAUAGUGCGUCAUUAGAAAUACAAGUCGGAGCAGCUACCCAACCGGAUUGUUGGCAAAUCAAUAGCGGUUUGAUAGCCGAGGCACAAAAUGAGACAUUCGGUAUGGAGCAUUAUUGUCCACAUGGCAGCAAAUCACUGAACAUAACCUAUAUAAUACCACUAUCAAGAUUUUUCAAGGAAUCCAGUAUUCAGCUGCAGCUGGCCUCCUCUGUGCCACUGUUGUGGAGCAUUUGUAGUAAUCGCGAGCUGACCAAACAUCAGGGAGUGCAUUUGCAGCAAUCAUCUGCCCAUCAACUUAGCGCCAACAUCAUACAGCGUGAACCCAACGUGUCGGUUAUUUAUUUUAAUAUACCAAGUCGGGGCUAUUUCGUGCGAAGUUUGGCGUUGCGCGCCUCAGCCAAUGAUUCAAAAAAGCAAAACAUUUGCCAGGAGACAGCACACGAAGCGAACACGUUACUACAGUACAACUUUAGUAUCGUAAGAGAUUGUGAAUAGUGAUAAAUUAAAGGAAUUUCCGGGCGUCAAAUCGAACAAUAACAGAGCAAACUGACAAAAAAGCCAACCACCAACAAACAACCUACUCGUACAUAGAGACAUACAUGCAGACAUACGCCUAUAUAUAUGUAAUUUAAAUUGGACUUAAAACAAAGCGAGGAAAAUUCUAAUUUAAUUAUUGGUCAAGUGUUUGGGGCAAAUUAGAGCAAUAUAAAAUUAAAUAUGUGCUUAGUUUAGACAUACUUUACAUACUCGUAUAUAUAAAAGAAUUGUUAGGAAAAAUGGAAAUAAAUCGAAUUGUAGUAGUGUAUAUAAGAAAAAAACAAAGAGCUUAUGUAACAAAAUAAGUGCAGAAAAUACAAAGGACACAACAUCUUGAGAUGAAAACUAAAUUAUGAUUUUAUUCACUGCUAAAGUAUAAAUGGAAAUUAAAUAUUUAAAUAAAAU